CUGGAGGCUUCAUUGAGCUGCUGAGCAGAAGCUGAAACACAGAAUUCCAAGGAACUCGGGAUCUGGACCAGGGGACCUCCGUGUGUGCCCAGCUGACCCCAUGAGAAGGCAGGUGUCUGCAGCUCCUCCUUGCUCUCCAGCGUUGCUGAGACCCACUGACCUGCAGACCUCACAGUGGGUGCCCAGGAUGUUGUCCUACAGAGAGAGGCUGGGGUCCCCUGCUGUCUCCCCACUCCCAGUCCGUGGGGGGCAUGUGAUGCGAGGGACGGCAUUUGCUUACGUGCCCAGCCCUCAGGUCCUACACAGGAUCCCGGGGACCUCUGCCUAUGCCUUCCCCAGCCUGGGCCCUGUAGCCCUUGCUGAGCACACCUGCCCCUGUGGGGAGGUCCUGGAGCGCCAUGAACCACUGCCUGCCAAGCUGGCCCUGGAGGAGGAGCAGAAGCCAGAGUCCAGGCUGGUCCCCAAGCUGCGCCAGGCUGGCGCCAUGCUGCUCAAGGUGCCACUGAUGCUCACCUUCCUCUACCUCUUCGUCUGCUCCCUGGACAUGCUCAGCUCGGCCUUCCAGCUGGCUGGAGGGAAGGUGGCUGGUGACAUCUUCAAGGAUAACGCCAUCCUGUCCAACCCGGUGGCCGGGCUGGUGGUGGGGAUCCUGGUGACCGUGCUGGUGCAGAGCUCCAGCACCUCCACAUCCAUCAUCGUCAGCAUGGUCUCCUCUGGCUUGCUGGAGGUGAGCUCUGCCAUCCCCAUCAUCAUGGGCUCCAACAUCGGCACCUCUGUCACCAACACCAUCGUGGCCCUGAUGCAGGCGGGGGACAGGACUGACUUCCGGCGGGCCUUCGCGGGGGCCACGGUGCAUGACUGCUUUAACUGGCUGUCAGUGCUGGUCCUGCUGCCCCUGGAGGCUGCCACUGGCUACCUGCACCACAUCACUCGACUUGUGGUGGCCUCCUUCAACAUCCAUGGUGGCCGUGAUGCUCCUGACCUGCUCAAGAUCAUCACAGAGCCCUUCACGAAGCUCAUCAUCCAGCUGGACAAGUCCGUGAUAACCAGCAUUGCCACUGGUGAUGAGUCCCUGAGGAACCACAGUCUCAUCCGGAUCUGGUGCCACCCAGACUCCUUACAGGCUCCCACCUCCAUGUCCAGAGCAGAGGCCAACUUCAGCCAGACCCUUGGAAAUGCCACCAUGGAGAAAUGCAACCACAUCUUUGUGGACACUGGCCUACCGGACCUGGCUGUGGGGCUCAUCCUGCUGGCAGGAUCCCUGGUGCUGCUGUGCACCUGCCUCAUCCUCCUCGUCAAGAUGCUCAACUCCCUGCUCAAGGGCCAAGUGGCCAAGGUCAUCCAGAAGGUCAUCAAUACGGACUUCCCUGCCCCCUUCACCUGGGUCACAGGCUACUUUGCCAUGGUGGUGGGCGCCAGCAUGACCUUCGUGGUCCAGAGCAGUUCUGUGUUCACCUCGGCCAUCACCCCACUCAUCGGUCUUGGUGUGAUCAGCAUUGAGAGGGCCUACCCGCUCACACUGGGUUCCAACAUUGGCACCACCACCACGGCCAUCCUGGCUGCCCUGGCCAGCCCCAGGGAGAAGCUGUCCAGCGCUUUCCAGAUUGCCCUCUGUCACUUCUUCUUCAACAUCUCGGGUAUCCUUCUGUGGUACCCGGUGCCCUGCACACGCCUGCCCAUCCGCAUGGCCAAGGCGCUGGGGAAACGCACGGCCAAGUACCGCUGGUUUGCCGUCCUCUAUCUCCUUGUCUGCUUCCUGCUGCUGCCCUCACUGGUGUUUGGCAUCUCCAUGGCAGGCUGGCAGGUCAUGGUAGGUGUGGGCACGCCCUUCGGGGCCCUGCUGGCCUUCGUGGUGCUCAUCAAUGUCCUGCAGAGUCGGAAUCCCGGGCACCUGCCCAAGUGGUUACAGACAUGGGACUUCCUGCCUCGCUGGAUGCACUCCCUGAAGCCCCUGGACAACCUCAUCACCCGCGUCACCCUAUGCUGUGCCAGGCCUGAGCCCCGCUCACCCCCGCUGCCCCCCAGGGUCUUCCUGGAGGAGCUACCCUCUGCCACACCCUCCCCCCGUCUUGCACUGCCUGCUCACCACAAUGCCACCCGCCUCUAG